AUGACCGAUCUUACACCAUUAUUCCGCCAGUGCGUUGACAUCGUUCAAUCGGAGUAUCAAGCAGGGUCAACCACUAGCGUGGGCCCUGCUUACCUUCUUGACGAUACAUUCAUCAAAGAAUGCAAGGACUUUUUCCAUGUCUUGACCAAUUUAAACCAAUUCAUCAACGAAACCAAAUCAAAUUAUCUAGCCAUCAACGACGAUACAAAAGUCGCUGGGUCCUUACUGAUUGACGACAAGAAUAAAAUUGAUGAAGAGUUCAACUAUAAGGUGCAGCAAAUGUACAAACGAUUAAAUCUUUUGGAAACAUACGAAACUAAAAGACAGUCGUUAUUACCGCAACCAAAAUCCAGUGGGUGGUUUAGCUUUUUGGACGAACCUAAUGAUCAGGAUCUAUACUUUGAGACCUUGUCAAAUCAUCGCAUGCAGGUAUUGCGGUUCCUAAUGGAAACACUUAACCAUGUGAAUAAAAGGUUCGAAAGUAUACAACAAAAGAGAUUGGCUCGUGAACGACAACUAAACUUGUUAAACUUCCAAAACUUUGAUGACGGCGAGGAUUUGAAUGACGAUACCCUUCCCACAUUAGAUCAAAUCCAACAGGUACCAGAACUUCAGCUUUCACAACAACAACUACAACAACUCGAAACGGAAAAUCAAGAGUUCCUCAACAUGAAAACUAGCCAAUUGAAACAGGUCGAAAAAGUCCAACAGUCCAUACUCGAUAUCGUCAACAUUCAGAACGAAUUGGCAUUUAAACUACAAGACCAAGGUACGCAAAUCGAGUCUUUACUCGAUUCCCAUGCCGAUGUGGAAACCGAAGUCCAAAUGGGGAAUCGAACUUUGAGUCAAGCAAAGAAGAAAAAUAAGAGAGGCGCUAAUAUGUUGGUCAUGCUAUGUAUAGUGUUGGGUGUAUUAUUAGUGUUGGUAGACUAUGUAUCAUUCUGA